GAAACAGUCUCAACAGUGUUCAGCUAAACCUAACCACAAUUCGUACCAUGUAGUGUAAGAUGUGCAGAAAGCAAGAUGAUUCUUGAAGAAAAUGUCUCAGAAUACCAACCAAAAUUGAUAAAGAAGAUGAUGCUCACUUUUUACUGGAUUCUAGCAUUGUUUGUCACUGGAACAGAAGUUAGAGGGAUUAAUUUGCCAGGAUGUGUCCAUGUAAAGCCUCAAGUAUGGUAUCGUGCAAUUAGUGAUGAAGAGUUUGUUUUACAGUGCGCUUUGCCAGAUAAAGACGCUACCAACAUUUAUAACAACUCAGUUCUAAAGCAACAUGAGGUGAAAUGGUUCUGGAGUCAGAAAGACAAAGGACAUCUUAAAGCUGUCAAGGAAAGUUCUAACAUUACUCUGCAAGGGGAUGCACUUUGGUUUAAACCAGUAAGGGAUAAUGCUUCUGGAAUCUACACUUGUGUGAUACGUGAAAAAAUCCCAUGUCUGAAAAUUGUUCUGGAGGUUCAAACAAAGGCAGAGGCAAAAUGUUCAGGCUAUGGUACAAACACACUGUAUUUUCUUGCUGGCAAUGGGAAUUCGAUAGCUUGUCCUGGGACAAAAUGCUACAGCCAUAUAAAUAAAGGAGCUGUAAGAUGGUACAAGGAUGGUCGUCAGGUAGAACACAGGGAAAACAGGAAAAGCCUAAAGCUUAUGGGUAAUGAAAUCUACUUGAAAACAACCUAUGUUCAAGAUGCUGGAAUAUAUGUAUGUGAUUACACCUUAUUUGACAACACUACUCAAUGGACAAUGAGAACAGCAGUUACAGUAGAAGUCAUUGCGAAAAACACUAUCCACCCACCAAACAUCUUGCAUCCCAGUGGUGUGGCGAUCCUCGAAGCAGAGCUUGGAAAGCCCCUUGAACUGGAAUGCCGUGUACAGUUUGGGUUUGAAAGAGGUUCUCUUAUGAGAGUAACAUGGAAAAGAGACAACAAAGAAAAUAUAAACGAGAAAUUGAACGAGGAAAUAAGUGAUUGUCCAAGAUGUUUAAAGGGACAUGUACUUCGUCAUGUUGCUAAACUGGAAGAAGUUACUGAGAGGGACCUCAGAAGCAACUUCAUCUGCUUUGCUCAAAACUCUGUGGGGAAUGCUACCGCUGUGAUCCAACUGAGAAAAAAACAGAGAGUGUUUUUCUUGUACAUACUGUGCAGUGCCAUUUCUAUUCUCUUUGCAUUGCUUUUGUGCACUGCCUUUAUUUACCAGCACUGGAUUGAAAUAGUGCUGAUGUACCGAAGCUAUCUGGCCCACAAUGAAACGACAGGAGAUGGCAAAGAAUUUGAUGCCUUUGUGUCCUAUGCAAAAACAAACUCUUCUGAAAGUGAUUCUGCUUUCAUUAGUGAGGAAAAAUUUGCCCUGGAGAUCCUCCCAGACAUACUUGAAAACAAAUACGGAUACAAAUUAUGCAUUCUUGAAAGAGAUGUUCUUCCAGGAGGAGCAUACACAGAUGAAGUUGUUACAGCUAUUAGACAAAGUAGAAGAACAAUAAUUAUUCUGAGCCCAGCCUAUGUCAAUGGACCAAACAUCUUUGAACUGCAGGCAGCGGUGAACUGUGCACUGGAAGACAAAAAGAUCAAACUGGUUUUAAUAAAGUUCCAGGCUUUCCAAGAGCCAGAGACUUUGCCUCCAGUAGUUAAGAAGGCUCUUCGGAUUUUACCAGUCAUUACCUGGAAGCCUUCUAUUUCUGCUGCUCCAAACAAGAAGUUCUGGAAAUACAUCCAUUACCACAUGCCCGUGAAUACCACUAAGGUGUUGGGAAAUUGCAACCUAAAGGGCUUUUUCCAAAGAUUAUUCAGCCUGGUACAUCGAUAACAUACAUUUCGAAGAGGGAUGACAGCAAUCUCAGGAGUGGUGAAAAUUGUUAAACACCAUUUUUUUUACAUCAGCAGACCACUCUGGACUGUCACUUCAGCCAGUGAUAUCUCACUCUACGACAGUGAGAAGAGCUGCAGAGCGAACGUGCACACAGCAAAACUAAGUGGCACUUCACACACGUGUAAAUGUGAGCUAUGUUUAGUAAAUUAUUAUUAGGAUAUUUAUUAUGUUGGUUUGCAAUGAUGUUGAGACAUGUGAAUGUUUUUCUCUUUGCACUGUAUUUCUGUUGAAGCAUUUUAAUACUUUUUU